UAUGCUGACUCACACAGGAGAGAAAUCAUGACUGUGGGAAAGCUUUAAUCAGAAGGGGAGCCUAGGGACCAUAAACUGAUUCUGUGACAUCUAUUUCUCCCUCCAGAGAGAUGUAAAGUAACUAGACCAGAGAGUAGCAGAGAGCACUGUGGAGAGAAACAGCAGGUUACCAAUAGAAUAGAUCAGAGACCAGAGGAACUUUAAUCCAGAAGCAUGGAGAGCAGGUCCCUAGGAGAGGUAUCAUCGUGUCGUCCUCCACCAACCACCGGAUACUCCCUGCAGCUCUCUGUCUCUGAAGAGGUUCUCCCUGAGCAGCAGCACUGUGAGCAGGAGUGGAGCCCCAGUCUGGGGCAGGAGAACCCAGAGCUUCCACAGAUUAAAGAGGAACAGGAGGAACUCAGGACCAGUCAGGAGGAAGAGCAGCUUCAAGGGCUGGAGGCUGAUAUCAAAUUCACUCCUUCCUGUGUGAAAAGUGAAUGUGAUCAGGAGGACCCACUUCAGUCCUUCACUUCUCCCCAAACCCAGACUGUGGAGAACAGAGAGUGUGAUCCUAAACAAGUGGUUCUCACACCUUUUGUUACUGUGACCCACUUUAAUGGUCUCUACAUUCCCUGUGACCCUCCAGAUAAUCAAAACAAUGCCUCCAGCCACAGCUCAGCCGUAAGCAGUGACCCAGUAGGACUUGACAGCAGCCCGCGAUUGGAUCCCAGCCCAUCGAUGGCGGAACAUUGUUCCAAACCCAGCACGUCUAGAAAAACUCACCACUGCCUUGACUGUGGUGAACAGUUUGCUGUGAAAGCUGACCUGCAGAGGCAUAUGACUCUCUACAAGAAGAGACUCAGUGAAUGCAGGUUCUGCAGAAAACGCUGCACCUCCACCUGUAAACUAAAGGCCCAUAUCCGCCUCUGUCACAGUGGGAGACCCUGCACCUGCCCUGUUUGUGCCAAGACCUUCAAACUCAAAGGAUAUCUGUCCAAGCACAUGAGGAUUCACACAGGAGUGGGAGAGAAACCAUUUAGCUGUGGAGACUGUGGGAAAAGCUUCAAUUUGAAGGGGAACCUAAAGAACCAUAUGUUGACUCACACAGGAAAUAAAUCAUUUAGCUGUGGAGACUGUGGGAAAAGCUUCAUUCAUAAGUGGAACCUAAGGAGCCAUAUGCUGACUCACACAGGAGAGAAACCAUUUAGCUGUGGAGACUGUGGGAAAAGCUUCAAUCAGGAGGGGAACCUACGGAUCCAUAAACGGACUCACACAGGAGGGAAACCAUUUAGCUGUGAUAACUGUGGGAAAAGCUUUAAUCAGAAGGGGUCCCUAAAGAAGCAUAAACUGACUCACACAGGAGAGAAACCGUUUAGCUGUAGUGACUGUGGGAAAAGCUUCAAUCAGAAGGGGAACCUAAGAAACCAUAAACUCACUCACACAGGAGAGAAACCAUUUAGCUGUAAUGAUUGCGGAAAAAGCUUCACUCAAAAGUCUAAUUUACUGACGCAUGUUAAAAAAAUACACAAAGGAGGAAAACAGGAUUAAAACUGAAAGAAAGAACAUUGACAAAGAUCUAUUUAGUCACAAGAUGAACAUAAAAAGUCAGGAUGUGGACAAUUCUGAGUACACGCUCAGACACACAUAGCUGGAAUAAGUAAAGUCUGAGAGAAUAGUCAGAUUAACUGAUGACUAAAAUAUUAGUGCAGAUGGCAUUAUUUUGUUACGUGCAUAAAUGUGUUAUAGCUAAUGAAUGUAUAGGGAACUUUUGAAAUUCUACAGAUUUUGUGGCACAGCAGGAAUACACACAAACCAAAAAGUAAAAUAAUGGAAUUAAGGAAUAUAUAAAUAUUAGGAUGAGCCAUGUCGGAGUGGCAUUGACUAAAAUACAGUAGAAUACAGUAUAUUCAUAUGAGAUGAGUAAAGCAGUAUGUAAAUAUUAUUAAAGUGACUAGUGUUCCAUUUAUGCAAGUGGCCAGUGAAUUCAAGUCUAUGUAUAUAGGGCAGCAGCCUCUAAGGUUCAGGGUUACGUAACUGGGUGGAAGCCCGCCUAGGGGAACAUUCUCAAAUAUGUGGGUGUAAAACACUGUUAAAAGCCCUGUUUGUGUGUGUCGGUGGCUGUCCCUAGCAUUGUCAAAAGACAGAGCUGUGACUGGAUCAGUGGUUCACCAAUCAGGGCCUUGAUGGGCUUGGCAACAGUAACAAAGGGUGAUGUGUAAUGAAACUAAUAUUUGCAGUGUUGACCCUUCUUUUUCAAGACCUCUUCAAUCUGCCCUGGCAUGCUGUCAAUUAACUUCUGGACCACAUCCUGACUGAUGGCAGCCCAUUCUUGCAUAAUUAAUGCUUGGAGUUUGUCAGAAUUUGUGGGUUUUUGUUUGUCCACCCGCCUCUUGAGGAUUGACCACCAGUUCUCAAUGGGAUUAUGGUCUGGGGAGUUUCCUGGCCAUGGACCCAAAAUAUUGAUGUUUUGUUCCCCCGAGCCACUUAGUUAUCACUUUUGCC